AUGGAAGAAAAACGUUGUCGACGAAACUCUGUUUCAAGUGUUCAUUCACAGUCGAAUUAUUCGAUUGCAAAUGUUCAAUGUUCCGGUGACCAUACUCAUGCUAUAGUCCAAAGAGAAAAAGUUAAUAAAGUUAUUCUUGUACCUUUGGAUUGUUUUAUUAAUUUUGGUAAAAUUGUAAAAGCAAAUGAAACUGCUACAUACAAGUUAACCACGGAUUCCAGAAAAUCAGAACGUGGAAAAGUAUUGCUUUUCGGUAGUGAAGAUUUAUGUGUUGAACAACUUCAAGUUAUACAAGAGGAGAAUAUUGAAGAAGAUCAACUUUCAGGAAAAACAAAAUGUAAAUAUAUGUUACGUUGUCCUGCAAUAAAGAAAGCGUUCGCUCAAUUACGAAAGAUACUCAACUUCAAAAAAAUAAAUAUGGAAAAUUACGUUAUGGAUGGUGCAACAACACAAAUAGAAUCAUCAAAAAUAAAUGAAAUUGAUGAUCAAUUUGAUGCAUCACCUUCAAAAAAAAUAAAUUUGGCUAGUAGUAUUACUGUUGGAUCACCAACACGUUUUGGAAAAAAAACAUCUCAAGUUAAGCGAAAAUUGUUUAAUGAUAACACUGAAUUCUUAUCAACUAAUGAGAAUAUUUUUGGGGGUUAGAAAAGUUCUUUUUUUAAGAGAAAGUUUCUAUAAAUAGCCGGUGUUUUUAAUAAGCGUCUUCAGUCGAUAUCCUAAUAUCAGAUUCGUACACAUUUCUUUUACCUAAUUUAUAGUUUUAGAGGAUGAAGUUUAUGAAAUCAAUGAUUGUUCAAAAAAAACAAAAUUCAACAAUCUUGUUGCUGGUGAAUCAUCAGCAAAACGAAUAACUGAUGUUAAUCAUCAAAUUCUGUCAAAAAAGUUAACUUCAACUGCCUCAUCAAGCCA